ACUCAAGAGUAUAUGACUGACUAUGAAUUUGCACCAGUUGCACGAAUCUCAAGUUUCAGAUUUCUGUUAGCUCUUUCAAAUCAAUAUGAUUUACUUGUCCAUCGGUCAAAAUGCGUAGAAAGAAUAUUGUUAAAAUGCUUGUGAAAGCACUGGAUCGCCAGAAUAUUGAUCUGCUUAUGCUCGCCAGCACAUUUCUCAAGAAAUUGUGUAUUGUGGGCGAUAACAAAGAUGAGAUGUCCAAUUUAAACAUUGUCGCCAAGCUACCUCGCCUCUUUCAAAAUGCGCAUACGGAUCUCAUUCAGGUCACACUCAAGCUAGUCUUCAAUCUGUCAUUUGAUGGUGGGAUUCGCAGGGAAAUGAUUGCAGCUGGUUAUUUGCCCAUGCUUAUCAAGUUCAUCAACGAUGAGAAGCAUCACGCAACUGCAGUCAAAAUACUUUAUCAUAUGAGUCUCGAUGACAAAGUGAAAUCAAUGUUUACCCACACGGAGUGUGUACAAAUGGCCACUGAUGCCAUCAUACUGAAUCUCAACGUAAAGGUGGAUCCCGAUCUUAUAGCGCUGUGCAUUAAUUUGUCACUCAACCAUCGCAAUGCGCAGAUUAUGGUCGAAGGUAAACGACUACACAGUCUCAUGGAUCGUGCCUUUAAGUAUCAAGAUGCUCUUCUCAUGAAAUUGUUGCGAAUUCUUUCGCAACACGAGUCGCUGCAACUGCUGUACAUCGAUUACGUGGGAGAUUUAGCCUGGAUUUUAACCAUAUGUGACAAUGAAUCUUUUAUUGUCGAGUGCUUGGGAAUAUUGGGAAAUCUUGCGCUUACUGACCUCGAUUAUUCGCAAAUCCUACACAACUUUCAAUUAAUUUCAUGGAUACGUUAAUUACUAGUUCCCUGUGCCAGAAUGGAUGAUCUGGUGCUCGAUACCAUUGUUUAUCUGGGCACUUGUGCUUGCGACGAGCUUUGUGCGCUAUUAUUCUGUCGAGCUAAGGUCGUUCUAUCGCUAAUAGAGCUGCUAAAAGCCAAGCAGGAGAAUGAUGAGAUUGUGUUGCAGAUCAUUUUCGUAUUUCAACAGAUACUUCAACAUGAAAGCACUCGCGAGUAUAUGAUUAAGGAGACUGAGUCGCCGGCCUAUCUAAUCGAUCUCAUGCACGACAAGAACGAAGCAAUCCGAAAUGUAUGCGAUUAUUGUCUGGAUAUUAUAGCCAUCAGCAAUAGUGAAUGGGCUAAGCGAAUGAAACUGGAAAAAUUCCGUAAUCAUAACUCACAAUGGCUCUGCAUGGUGGAGUCGCAACAGGAUCGUGAAACAGAGCAGGACUUUUUGGAAAAUAACGAUGAUGAUAAUGAUUUGGACACGUAUUUGCGAUCCGAGUACCUAAAUAAUUGCGACCUUUACAAUAGCUCCAACAUUAACGAGCGCGAUAAUGACACAAACAGUACCAAUAGUAAUAAUCCAGGCAGUCCAUCUUAUAGCAGGCCAAUCAGCACCUACCGACGAAGCCAGGAUCUUGACGAAUUAUACAAUAUGACCUCAAGCUCGAAGUCACAAGGUUCCAACCAAGGCGUCAAUGAAAGUAAUUACAAUAUGUUUAAACCGCAAGAUGGUGAUGACAUGAAUGAAGAGCUGGCAUAGUUAAGAUAUUGAAUAAAUUAUGUAAAUUA